UUCUGCCUGAUGGUGCCGCGAUACAAAACGUAAAAAAAUCUGGACGGGGCGCUAUCACUGCUCGUCAUACAGCACAACUACCGCAAACUUUGUCAGUCUAUCCACGCAAACAGCGUUAAUCACUAUCCGACUUGCGGGACAACGCCAACCGCCAUGAUCCAGCAACUCGCCACCCCGUUCUCAUCCGUGGAUGCAUUUGAAAGCGACUUCAAUUUAUCCGAAUUCCUGCACGAAAUGGACGAGCUGGAUCACCUACAUGACGUUCACUUAGAGAGCACCAACGCCAAGCGGCAACACCCCGCGGAUGUUGACGCGGAGCCAGAACUCAAGAAAAUGAAACCCGCGACGCCAGUUGAGACACCGAUACCCCCAAAGCCAGCACCGAGAAAAAGACGAAGUACGUCGUGGUUGCGUCGAAAGCAAGAGCUCAACGCCUUGCGCUGCGAAUCGGAAGAGCUGGAAACGCGCGUGACCUUCCUACGGAUGGAGAUCGACCGUCGAAAUGCGAUUCAGAAGACGCUACCCGCAGUACACGAGGAGCCAGGAAUGUGGAAAUCAGUGGCAGCCAUCGCACGCCAAGAGUGCGAAAGCGCACAAAACGAGAAUGCGCGGCUGAAGAACGAGGUGGAGCUGUACGCGCGUGCGUCGGGGAUGCUGCAAACGCAGCUCUUCGCGGCCGAGACUCAACGAAGACAACUACUUAAUAGUACGUUGGUCUUCACGGACGCCUUUCGAGUCGGAAUGAUACGAAGCCGUCAGCUAUGCUUUGACAACGACGGAGUCUUGGACAUGUUAGAAACAAGGAUUAACGCGCGGUACCAUGAAAUCGAUUUGAUCAUGAACGAAGCUCGUCGACCUGCAGAAGGAGGCACCACUGAGAAGGUGCAGGUUUGUCGUGAUGGCGGCCAGGAUGCAGCAGCUGCGGUGGAGUUCAAACAUGUUCGUUUGCUACCUUUCGGAGAAGAUAUCAUGGCUAAGUCCGUGUGGGAGAUCAUCGAGCUGGGUGGAGUGGUAACCAAGUCCGAUACUCUUGUGGCCAGGAGCACUUCGGAUAUGGUUGGCCUCGUGUCUCGUCAUACCGUGCCACUCGGGAAGAAUGCGAGUGUGAGUGCAGACGUGCACACUGUGAUCAAGCGCUUUAAUGCCAAUGCCGGUUUAGUUGCUUUGAUUGAAUCUCAUUCCGAAUGGUCCAUCAAAUACCCCGCAUCGGGUGUUGCUCGGUCCACGACGGAGGAAGGAGGUUGGUUCAUGGUGCACGAAUGCCCAUUGAAAGCACGCGGCUCGACACAGCGAGUAUCCCAACUCCAAACAAUGGUCAAGCUCCGACCAAACGAGUCCAAGACAGAGGGCAAAACGAAUGCGUUGACAAGUACUAUGGUCGACGUCGUCAUCCCGUCGUUCCGUGAUAUCUUGAGUUCACAUCAUCAAAAGGUAGAAAACUUUUUGCUAGACUCGAAAUGUAAAUAACAAACAUUUAGUAAAGCGACAAAAUGAUAAUAAGACUCCGUCGAUUUCUAAUUCAGUUGAAG